GGGUAUGGGUUCUCAGUGCGUAGCAUCAUGCCUUGAGAAACCCCGAUGUAUCUGAUGUUCACCUAUAGUCGGGUGGCGGCUGGUCGGCGCUGUGGCGCCCGUCAGAUCGCUGAUCCGGUGCGGAGAACUUCGGAGAAGUUGGUGGGCCCAUAUCUGUCAAGACCACUCACCUCACCUUCACGUGGGGCUCCCCGUCACCCUGCAUCGGUCCCGACCGGGGUAGGGUGCGAAAGAGUGAGUGGCACCAAGACGAGAAGGCAAGGCACCAACACGAUAAAACAAACCCUUGAUGAUGAAGAUAAUGAUGAUAUGUCGGAAAAUAUAAAUAAUGAAGUUUGCGGUGCAGGGGAGGGAUACCCCAGUACCGGCGCAGACGUGGGUGGUGAAGCGGGCCCCGCUGUGUCGUUAGCUUGUGACCGUGGCCGGAUGGGGGUGGACCACCAGGCCCCCAUUCAUGUUAUCACGACUGGUGAGGAGGAAGAAGGAGACAUUGAAAUGGAAGAGGCUCCGAUAGUAAUACAGCGAGGUGCCGGGUAUUCAACCGCCUUGCUUGGAACGUAUAUAUAAUCAACAAAUAAAGGACACGAAAUACAGCACACUCUUCUCUUAAUACUGAACAUUUUACUAAUGAAUUAUAAAUAGCCUAUAUGCAAGUAUUAUUUACAUAUUUAAUUCGCCACAAACUGCAUACAAUUAUAUGUAAUCACAUAUAAUUAUAUAUAAUCACAUAUAAAAUAAAUACAAUUGUUUGAUGAGAUAAGCUACAAAUACCACUUCCCAGUGACAAUUAAUCUAGAACUUAUAUUUGUCACCAAAAAUUAUGAACAUUAUAAUGUAAUGUGCGCUUUCCCUUUAAUUAAAAUUAUAAUACUAUAAUAACAGAUAGACUGCACUGUUGCUCGUUGCAAAAUGAACAUCUUAAAAUAUCAACCCUGUUUCUACAUACAACUCACUAAUAUCUAUGUACAACUAUUAUGAUACACUUUAUACAUUUCUCAAGUAUGAAUUACCACUACGUUCACGAGUGCUUAGAGGAAAACAAGAUAAAUAUAAUUAAAGUAAGUACAGGCGAAAAUACUGCGGAUAUUUUUACGAAGGCACUGUGUAGAGAGAAAUUUGAAAGGUUUAGGUCAUGGAUGAAUGUAAACUAAGAGGAAUGUAAAUAAAGUAAUAAGGUUUAAAGGUUCUAUUAAGUAAUUCGACAAAUCAUGUAAAUCCGAUAAGCAGACGUUAAGAAGCAUCUGGAAGAGUCGGUUGACAACAAGCGAGCGUGCGAGUAGGUUUACGAGGUCUUCAGAGUAUAACAUAUGUGUAUAACUGUUGUGUGUUGAAUAAAGUGAACUAUUUGAAUUUCCGAAUAUAUAUAUGUAUAUAUAUAUGUAUAUUGUUUUUGUACAAACGUUUUAUUUUUAUUUUUUUUAACCGAACUAUAUCCAUCAAAUAGUUGAUUAUAUAUAAGAAAGUAGAACUAUAGCACACAAAUAAUUACGAACAUUUUUAUUUGAAGUUGGCUAUGUGGAUUUUUGUAUUUUUUAUCAGAU